AUGACCGUUGAUAUUCAUUUAAAGGCGCUUUGGUUAACCAAGACCUAUUUUUCUCAGCGUGGUGGUGGCAAAACAGCUUCGGAUCAAACACAGGAGCCAGAUAGACUCAUUCUGACAAAUGCAGAGGAAGGGAAGGUUGUCACUCGCUUUCCUCCAGAGGCAAGUGGCUUUCUCCACAUUGGACACGCGAAGGCGGCAUUGAUAAACAGCUUGCUCGCUAUCAAGUUCAAGGGAAAGCUUCUUAUGCGCUUUGAUGAUACAAACCCUUCAAAGGAAAAACAACAUUUUGAAAAGGCUAUAUUGGAUGACUUGGCUACUCUUGGAGUAAAAUGGGACAGUGGACCAACACAUUCUUCGGAUUACAUGGAUCUCAUGUACGAAAAGGCUGAAGAACUUAUCGCCAGGGGACUUGCCUACUGUGACAAAACACCCAAAGAAGAAAUGAGGAAAUGCCGAUUUGAUGGGACUCCCACUCGUUAUCGUGAUUUGACCAUUGAAGAGACGAAACGGCUUUGGAACGAAAUGAAACAGGGUACAGCAGAAGGUCUGGAAACCUGUUUACGGGCGAAAAUCUCUAUUGACGAUGAGAAUAAGGCAAUGAGAGAUCCCGUAAUAUAUCGGGUCAAUCAAACACCCCACGCCAAGUAUGAACGAAAAUACAAUGCCUAUCCUACAUAUGAUUUUUGCUGCCCAAUUAUUGAUUCUGUUGAGGGUGUUACGCAUGCACUGCGUACUACCGAAUAUCAUGACCGCAAUGCUCAGUAUUACUGGUUUUGUGACACUUUAAACCUUCGAAAACCUAUUGUGGAAGAUUUCUCGAGGCUGAAUAUGGAGUUUGCUGUGAUGUCGAAGAGAAAGCUAACUCAACUUGUUGAGAAUUGUAUUGUUGAUGGUUGGGAUGACCCUCGUUUACCAACAGUUCGUGCUUUGGUGCGACGCGGCUUAAAGAUGGAGGCACUGCGGCAGUUUGUACAAGAGCAAGGUAUGUCAAAAACUGUUAAUUUUAUGGAAUGGGCAAGGCUGUGGUUUUUGAAUGCUCAGAUUCUCGACCCUUCUGUACCGCGCUAUACAGUUGUUUCUAAUACUCUGAAAGUGCGUUGUACUGUCGAAGGUCAACAGCAUCUUGAAAAAUGCGAAAAACCUAUGCAUAAGAAGGUGCCUGAAAUGGGCACAAAGACUUUUUUUAAAUCCGACGUUAUUUUCCUCGAUACAGAGGAUGUCGCCCUCCUGAAAGAAGGAGAUGAAAUUACAUUGAUGGAUUGGGGAAAUGCCUACAUAAAAAACAUUCGCACUUCUGGAGAUUCUUCUUGUAUAACAGAUGCCGAUAUUGUGCUUCAUCUUGAGGGCGAUGUUAAAAAGACGAAAUAUAAGUUGACUUGGGUACCAGAGAAUCCCAAUGCCGAGCAUAUGAAACUUGUUGAGUAUGAUCAUCUUCUCACAAAGAAAAAGCCGGAGCCUGAAGAGAAUCUGGAUGACAUUAUUGCUCCUGUAACCAUGUUUACUCAAGAGGCAUACGGAGAAGAGGCUCUUUCUUCACUUAAGAAGGGUGAUACAAUUCAGCUUGAACGCCGAGGGUACUACAUUGUCGAUAGUGUUAAUCCGCAAAAGGUUCUCAUCUCUAUUUCAGAUGGACGUGAAAAGGUGAAUCACCUAAGUGCCAAGGCGCAGUAUUUGAAGACGAUGUGGGGUAAAGGGAAUUCAUCGGCUGCGAAUGAUUUGGCGGCGAAAAGGGCUGCCAAGGCUGCUAAGAAAGCAGCACAGAAGCAAAACUCGAAAAAAUAA